AUGGCCUGCCGGGCAGCCUCGAAUGUUGAGCGUCUCGAUCUCUUCAUGCACAGAAGCGCACUGCGGGAAACGGGCGCACUGUCCGCAACGUACUACUUGAAACGCUUCGGUGGAACACUGGGACAGUUGGACGUGGGACAGUGGACACUGCACCCGAUGCACAAAAGGAGACGGACUCAGACGCUAGGCUCCACCGACAGCCUCGCAGACCACUCACAAGUCCAGAUUUGUGCAGCUGAACUGUCAGACUCUGACUCGAAGAUGCUGUACCAACGGCGAAGCCCGAACCCAGAAAACCCACCCUUCCACGCGGCGCCUGCUGAGGAGACCGCAGCCGACAAGCUGGUGGCUACCUGA